GCAGCGGCCGAGCGGGGCUGAGCCCGCCGCCCGCCCGCAGCCCCCGGCCCCUUCCAGCCCCUUCCAGCCCCAGCCAUGGCGAAGCAGUACGAUGUGCUGUUCCGGCUGCUGCUGAUCGGGGACUCCGGGGUGGGCAAGACCUGCCUGCUCUGCCGCUUCACCGACAACGAGUUCCACUCCUCGCACAUCUCCACCAUCGGUGUUGACUUUAAGAUGAAGACCAUAGAGGUAGAUGGCAUCAAAGUGCGGAUACAGAUUUGGGACACGGCGGGGCAGGAGAGAUAUCAGACCAUCACAAAGCAGUACUAUCGACGGGCCCAGGGAAUAUUUUUAGUCUACGACAUUAGCAGCGAGCGCUCUUACCAGCACAUCAUGAAGUGGGUCAGUGACGUGGAUGAGUAUGCACCAGAAGGUGUCCAGAAGAUCCUUAUAGGGAACAAGGCUGAUGAGGAGCAGAAACGGCAGGUGGGGAGAGAGCAAGGGCAGCAGCUGGCUAAGGAGUAUGGCAUGGACUUUUAUGAAACAAGUGCCUGCACCAACCUCAACAUUAAAGAGUCGUUCACGCGGCUGACGGAGCUGGUGCUGCAGGCCCACAGGAAGGAGCUGGAGGGUCUCCGGACACGUGCCAGCAACGAGUUGGCGUUAGCAGAGCUGGAGGAAGAGGAGGGCAAACCUGAGGGUCCAGCGAACUCUUCCAAAACCUGCUGGUGCUGAGAGUCCUGCGUGGGGCACCCCACACGGCGCCCUCUUCCCUCAGGAGGCCUGUG